UUUAUUUUAUUUUAAUACUACCACAAAAAACAUCAUGUAUGUAUUUUUGUGGCAUACAUAUAUUAUUUUAUUUAGUAAAAAAUACAUAUAUCUCUGUAUAUACACAAACACACAUCCCCCUGAAAAUGGAUCCCAAAACCUCAACUUCAAACCAACAACAUCAUAAUCAUCCUAAACCACACAACAAUAACAUGGCAGAAUCCAACAACAACAACAUUAAACUCACCGAAAUCAAUGAUUUCCAGAUUAUAAAACAUAAUCAAGAUUCCACAACAACAUCAUCUGUUGCACCAGUAACAACAAAACAAUUAGCCCCAAAGCGAACAUCAAACAAAGACAGACAUACAAAAGUAGAAGGCAGAGGAAGAAGGAUACGUAUGCCAGCUUUAUGUGCUGCAAGAAUCUUCCAACUCACAAGAGAACUUGGUCACAAAUCAGAUGGUGAGACUAUUCAAUGGCUGUUACAACAAGCAGAGCCAUCAAUUAUUGCUGCAACAGGAUCAGGUACAAUCCCUGCUUCUGCUUUAGCUGCUGCAGGUGCUGUUUCUGUUUCUGGGGUUUCUAUUUCUGUUGGAUUACAACAAAAAAUAGAUGAAUUAAGUAGUACUAGUAGUAAUGGAAAUGGUAGGACCAGUUGUUGGCCUAUGGUUAGACCCACCACCACAAAUAUGGGUGGUCCAGGUCCUAUAUGGUCUGGUGUGUCCACUACUGGAUUUGGGUAUCAGUCAAAUAGUACAAAUGUUAAUAACUUGGGUGUUAAUAUUAAUAAUAUUGAUGGUUCGAAUUAUAUGCAACAAAAGAUUGCGUUUUCCGGGUUUGAUUUGGGUGGGACUAAUAUGGGUCAGAUGAGUUUUUCGUCGAUUUUAGGGAAUCCUAAUCAGUCUACUCAUCAUCAUGAUGAUAAUAGUCAAUCACAACAUCAGAAUCAACAUCAGCUUCCUGGAUUAGAAUUAGGAUUAUCACAAGAUGGUCGUAUUGGGGUUUUGAAUCAACAAGCUUUGGAUCAGAUUUAUCGAAUGAGUCAAACUAGAAUGCAACAACAACAACAACAACAGACUUCAAAUGAUAAUUCUCAAGGUUCAGAGGGAUAACAAUAAUGGGAUGAUAAUAUAUAUGAUAUAUAGAAGUGAAUUAUAUUGAAGUUUGUGUAAUUUAUGUUAAUUAAGAUUAAAGAAAGUGAGGGUUGAAGAUGAUGAUUUGAGUUUGGGUCUGAUUUGCUUCCAUUUUCGACUUCAUCAAAGUGUUCGGUUACUUACGGAUGCUUUGUGGUUUGUUUUUCUGACUCUAUCUUCUUCUUUUUUUGUUUGUUUGGUUUUAUGUAAAUCAUAGAGCUUUUGUUUAGAUAUAUGAUAUAGUAUGAUGAUUUUGAUGUUGCUAUAUCUAGUUCUUCUUGAGCUCUGGUUUUUGCAGGGCCAGCAGACUAGUUUGGACUUGGAUUUGAAUUUGGAUUAUAGCAUUUUGUUGUUAAUUUCCAGAUGUGUGUUUCUAUAUAUGACACUAUAUAUACAAAGAGAUAUUUUGAUAAGUAAUGACAUAAUUUUGGUAGUUUUCUUGGCUA